UUACCUGGUUGAGCUGUUAUUUUUUCGUAACGAUGGCGUUAUGCCUGGCAUGUGUGUCGUUUUGGGAUUUCGUUUAGCAGUUUGUAUUCGACAAAGGGGUGGUGUGUGAAAAAUGUUACUGGCUGACGUUACAAAUCCCAAUGUGUAUCUUCCAUUUGAUGGACAUGGAGUGGCAGUGGGAAUUCUGUCAAGAUCAUGCCUUUAUGGACUGUGUCAGUUCUGUGGUACCAAGAGAGCUGGAUGUUCAGCAGCUGCUUCAUGACACUGAGGAGAAGCUGAAGCUCAAUGCCUGCUGCAUCGAGCAGAGCCUGAGGGAGCUGCAGGGGACGCUGGGUGACACCAGGGCUGGGGACCAGAUGAAGCCGGUCAGCACCGGACACCAGGACCUGCUGGACUUCCUCCGGGCCCUGCAACAGUAUUUAAGGACGGAGGAAGACGGCCGAGAGGACGCGGCACUUCUCACACUGCUGAGCAUCUCCUCUCGGUGCGGAGUGGCCUUUCCCAGCUUCCAGCAGCGCAUGGCCCCCUGUUUCCCAGUACACGCGGUUCGAGAUGAGGCAGCGCUGGACGUGCAGGAGGCCUGGGAGGACAUAAGAGUCCUGCUGCGGCGCCACCUACUUGAAAAGCUGCACAGUGCAGACGACGUCGUGGAUGGGGACCGAGGUGCAGAGGGUUGCAUCCGGAUGGCGCGACGAGUCCGCCGCUUUGAGCAGCUCCUUUUCCUUUAUCCGGAGACGGAGGUCCUGUCCCGCUACCAGAACCUUCAGGUUAAAUUCGUGCAGGACCUCCUGCGCGGUACGCAGCCCUGCAGCUUUGAGCGGCUAGCCGACCGCUUGCGUACCGCCGCUCCCACGCUGUGCAGCACGAUCGCCGCGGACCUGCACACCCUGCGCUGCGUAGUGGAGCCCAACACCCUUAUAGCUUUCAUCAACCAAGGCUACCUGAAUACCAUUUCUCAAGAGCUCCUUGUCCUCAUAGAGGAGUGCUGUGAAAACGCAGUGAAAGACACCAGUACACACACCAGUAAGCCUGGGAAGAGGAGCUGCACCAAGGCCAAAGCCCAAGGCUCAGCCCGGGAGGCGAGUCAGAGAGGCGUGAGCGGCUGCCUGACCUCCCAGCAGCUCAGCUGCCUGGCAAAGAUCUGCAGCACCCUCCUGGAGCUGGAUGAACAAAUGGAGCUGCUGGUGACUAAGCUGCCGUUCCUCGCCUGCCCCGGGGCUCCCUGCAGUGUGAGAGGGAUCCUUAAGAAGACCAGGGAGGUCUCAGAGAUGCCUGCGGGGAACGGGAAUAGGUACACAGACAUGCUCCUCCAGCAGAACCCUGAGCCUGUUGUUCUGGAGUUUGACUGGAGGAGUGCCUUCAGGGAGCUGGUGUCCCCAGUGGCACACUGUCUGAAAGCAGUGCUAGAAGAUGCAUGCUCCCGGAGUCGGCAGCAGGAGGAGACAGACACGGUCAUUUCUGUGAUCCUGCUUCCUCAAAGGGACUGGGCACUGCCCAGCUCCCUGGAGUCACAAGCCCCCAAAAUGAUUGCUAAGUUCUGUGGGGACAUUCUGAAGGAGUUUGAUGUGCUGCUUCCUCUGGCGCUGCUGUGCAGAGAUGAUCCCCUGCUGGAGGUCAGGUCCACGUUUGUGGAGGUCUGCAGCUACGUGGCGUCUGCCGUUGUGGGCCGGCUGGAGGAGAGGGCCCGAGAAGUACCUUCCACGGCACCACUGAGGAACCUGCCCGCGCUGUUAGCUUCCAGUCUCCACAUCCAGCAGUGGCUGGGCCACAUCCAGCACCAGCUCAGAGACGGAGGGCGAGUACCGCUUUCUCUGCUGCCCAUCCAGAGGUGUCAGGAGCUUACAGAGGCCCUUCAGGACCAGCUGACUCAAUACUGCAUCCAGACAUGCGCUACUAGCAUUUUUCAGGAUGCUGAAGCCCAUCAUUGGGGUGACACCAAGCCUUUCUAUGAGGGGGAGAGGUGUUCCUUCUCUAUUCAGAUGUGGCACUACUUCCUGACUGGCCUCCGCAGAGACCUGUGGGCCAUGCUGCCACCGUGGGUGGCCCAGAAGGUGCUUGCUGAAAUCCUGAGCGGUACCCUCGAGGUCCUGGCGUGUCGGUACUCUCAAGCCUGCCCCACCUACAAGAGGAGCCAGCAAAUCAGGGUUGACAUCACCGCCGUGUUACUGGUUGUGGAGCAGCUGGUGUGGAGCGUGUCUAGCAGCCUUGAAGAGCUGCUCCAGCCCAGCAGGACUGUCUGCCCAUGGAUCUUCUCAAUCCACAGCCUGUGCAAUCAGCUGCUGGCCGUGCUGGUCCUUGUCACAGCGCCCCUGUCAGAGCUUCACCGAUUUUGUCAGGGAGGUUCUGGUGGAAUUUCAUCCGCUACCACAGCGGCGGACUCAGAGGCACGAGGUGUGUCCUGGCUGACAGCCAUCCGGCCGGCGUUGUUUCCCCCGGAGCCCCUGCGUUCUAGCACAGUGACAUCAAAUGAAUUUACCACCAAACAUCUGCUAAAACUGAUGUCCUCUCAGCCCGACUGUGACCAUAAAUUACUUCUGCAAAGCCUCUUGGACGCUGACUGCAUCCUUCUCAGAGUUUUGCUCGACAACUCUUAUUUCUGCAUUGAUGAUAGCAGAAAUGACCCCGAUAGCCACAAGCAUGGUGAUGCUUUCAUGGAGGCUGUUUUCUCUGUGCUGCUUCCCCUAAACAACAUCCCUGGGGCCCUGACUCUUGUACUAAAAAACUACUUUGACAAGAGGCGCUUAUGGGAUUUUUUGUAUAACAUGACAGCAGAGGAGGGUCCAGCGAGGUCGGCGGUGCUCAGGUGCGUGAGAGCAGCACUGAGCAAAGCGGUGCUCAGUAUCGUCAGCCACCUCAUCGCCAUGGUGCUGGACCACCAGGCCUGGGAAGAUCUCGCUACCUUCUUGCCCAGUCAGGGCCUGCCUGAGAGUGUGCUGAGUAAAGUGCCGAAGGAGUGGCGUUACGUGGCCCCCAACGCCAGGGGGAGGCAGGCCAGCAAGGGUCACGACGAGCUCAUGAUACAAGCCCUUUCCUUCGUCUUUGCUAUCCUGCCCUCCGCGAUAGCCUCCCUACCCCUGCCUCUGCGCUUCCUGUUCUGUACCGGCGAGAAGCGCGUUUCCCAGCAUGCCGAGCAGCUGAAGCGCACAGGCCUGCUGAUUUGGGGUUUAGUCAGUUGCCUGUGCCAGGACCUGGAAGAGGGUGGCAGGCUCACGCUGGAUCACAGGGCCGCGGAUAAGUUGGCAUUGGUCAUCGAGUGCCUCCAGAGUGCUAUGGGCAAUCAGAGGGGCGGAGCCAAUCCCGUGGUGCAGAAGGUGCUUCAGAAGCUAGAGGAGAGCCGGCCCAAUUGGACGGUGAUGCAGCUGCAGAAGGCCCGAAAGCUGUGUGCUGGGGGCGUGUUGGAGUCGGUGCAGGCCGGCGUGGCGCCGGGGAGAGGCGGUUCGCCUGAACUGACUGAGCAGAAAAUAGGCCUGAUGCUCCUGGAGGUCUGCCACCAACCAGGUGGCAGCGAGAACCUGAGGCAAAUUUAUCACAUCAUCCGACUCAAUGAGGAUCUGCUGAAGGCUCAGCUAGAAGCCUCCCGGGGCCAGUCAGAUGCUCCUCAGAGGAUGGUGGACUUUAGCCUGGCCAGUGACCCUCGUCCACCAGACUUCAACCCGCUGACUUGUUUUCAGCACAUCGGGUUGAAGGAAUUUUCACAGUCAGCCAUAAGUGAAUGGAACUGGGACUGGGCCCAACUGCUGCCAGCUUAUCUGGGAAUGAGUCCGCUGACCUUGGGCACACUCCUGGCUAACAGGUGGGAAUUGCAGGAGGAGGCUGCUCUUGAAGAUGAAGAGAAAACUCUGGUGGAUCACUUGCAAAAUGUCUAUUUCAAAACCAGCCUGGGAUCGUAGGACUUCUCUUGUGUCGUACUGGAGCACACAAGCUGUCCUGCCCGACAGAAGCAAACGUUUACAAUUAAAAACAUGCUUGACUUAAAUGGCUUGUUCAGUGGGUAGUCUUUCAUAAAACAGACAUUUUUGGCAUUUUCACUCGAGCAGCACAAUGACAAACAACAAGGGAGAAGGAUAUAAAAAUUCUUUGAUUAUCUGUUACUACAGCAGAAGCAUAGAGAUCUUUUUAGACUCAUUUUGUUAUGUUUGUUAAAUUGUGGAUUUUUCUGUUUAUUGUCUUUGUCUGAAAAAAUUACAACUGUAAUUGCAUGUUUAGUUUCAGAUAUGCGUUUAUGACAGUUUUUCCCCAUCUGGCAUUGUAUAUUAUUGUUAUCAUUUUUUUUAGCUUUCACCGUUCCUAAGCUCUAUUGAAACCAAACAAUGUUGAAAGAACUUUUUCCGCUUUAUGUUCUGUAUGUUUUGUAUGAUGCAAUUUUUCUUUUCAAAAAUCAGAUGUAAGAUAUUACUUAUUCUCAGUUUAAUUAUAUUUCUGUUUUAUUAUUAUCAGUCAACUACUGAAUGUAGUUAAAGGAAACAAAUACAAUAUCAAAUAAGAAACAAAAUUAAAUUUCGUUAACAUCUUAGGUACUAAAAGUAUGUAUUUAGCUAUUAGUAGGUGUGUUUGGUGUAUGCUGAAACUAAUACAAAAAAGUGAAGUGAUUUGAAAUAUGAAUGAAAUUCUUUCAGGGAAAUACAAUUUUUGUGAAAUUCUGGUGGCUUGAAUAGAUGGAUGGUUUAAAUGGAUGAUGGGCAUGAAUGAGACAACUGAUUUUCUUUCUCUUUUUAUAUCACUGGCUGUCGGAGAAUUAGGUAGCCCAAAAUACUGAGCAAAAAGUUCUGAGCAAAACAAGAAACAUGACUAUGACAUUUAAGUGCCUUCAUUAUCUAGUCAUCUAUCCAGAUGCCUGAAAUAGCUUGACGUACAUUCUUUUUCCUGAUUAAAUAUGAACAUAAGAAAAUUCUGUCUAGAUCAGUUGUUACAUUUGGAAAUGCAAUAUGAGCUGAUAAAAGUAAUAUAUGUUCAAAAGAAACUAA